AGAGCCGGGGCUUGUCUGUUCGGAGGAACUCUGGCUGAUGUUAGCGGCGGAGAGAAGAGAGGGGACGAGAGAGAGCUGGGUGGGCAUGACAUGUGAGUCAAGUCUGCACAGAUACAACAAAUAACCCAAAGUAUGUCUGCGGCAGGGGCGGGUCGAUGCUCUGAGGGACUUGACACAGGUGAAUGAGAGCACAGCUGCAGAUUUUUUUUUGUCUUUUCUUUCUUUCUUUGUUUUUCUUUCUUUUUUUUAAACCACGGUGAGAGGAGAGGGACACGGCAGCUGUAGCUCCCCCGUGCCUGCUUCACCCUGCUUCAGUCUGGCAGGCGUCAAGGUGCAGGAGGCAGGAAGAAGCGCCGCUGUUUAAUUAACUAUCCGACAAAAACGCCGCCGCGCAGAAUAACGUGACGGCUUUUGCUGAGUGACCGCGCGGAGAAACACGGGAGAGGACACUAUGUCAAAGGAGACGAGAGGAAAAGGUUCAUCACGAAAGCACAGCGCCUCUCAUUGGUGUCUGCAGAAUAUCGCACAGGAAUCUGUUGACAGCUCCGAUGAGGAGUUUUUUGAUGCCAGAGCAGAUGUUAUGGAGGGGAAGAGCGCCAUUCUGCUGGGCAUGAGUCAGUGGAACUCAAAUGACCUGGUGGAGCAGAUUGAAACUCUGGGACACAUGGAGGACCAGUCGCAUGGGGGUCUCUACCAGCUGGGAGGUCCACGCUGUGCCCCUCAGAGCAGCAUCGAAGGACUGGAGGACAUAGAGAGGAAAUGUAAGACCCAUGUGCUGCUGCUCGUGGUGCACGGGGGAAACAUCUUGGACACAGCAGGCGGGGACCCCAGCACAAAGGCUGGCGACGUGGCCACCCUGGCGUCAGUGCUGGAGAAGGUGACGCGGGCGCAUUUCCAGGCCGUCGCCGAACACGUGAUGAUCAAGCUGGUGCCAUGUCCGGCCGUGUGUGCUGAAGCCUUCUCUCUGGUGUCCAACUUGAACCCUUACAGCUACGACGAGAGCUGUGUGUCCAGCAGCGUCGACCAUCUGCCCUUGGCUGCCCUCCCACUCCUCGCUAUUGUCUCACCGCGCUACCAGGACGCCGUGGCUACCGUCAUUGCCCGGGCCAACCAGGUCUACCGCAGCUUCCUGCAGUCAGAAGAUGGCCAGGGUUUCACGGGUCAGGUAUGCCUGAUGGGCGACUGUGUGGGAGGUGUGCUGUGCUUUGAUGCUUUGUGCUUCAGCAACCACCAGAGACCUGACAGCCCCAACAACAGCAGCAGGAACAACAGCACUGAGAGCCUGAAGGACAACUCAGGCCUCCUCGGGGAGUCCAGCCCGGGUUUGAGUUCUAGUAAGAGGCUGAGUAAGAGCAACAUUGAUAUCUCCGCCCCUAACGAAGGGCCGCAGGGUGGGCCACCGCUCAGCCGGAAGCAGAGUGACUCAUAUGAUGGAGACACCUCAUCCACGGGCCAGCACAGCUUUUUUCCCAGUUUGACAAAAGAGAGUACGGAGGCACGCGGCAACAGUAGCACCAGUCUGGUGUUGAACCCAGGUCGAUUUGACUUUGAGGUGUCAGACUGUUUCCUGCUGGGCUGUCCGUUGGGUCUGGUGCUGGCCAUGAGACGCACUGUGCUGCCUGCCGUCCAGGUGAGCCAGCUUCAUCCGGCCUGCUCUCAGAUCUUCAACCUGUUCUUCCCCUCGGACCCUUCAGCCUCCCGUCUGGAGCCACUGCUGCAGCCUCUCUUCCACAAGUUGCCACCAUUUGCUGUGCCGCGCUACCAGCGCUAUCCUCUAGGAGAUGGACGCUCAAUGCUCAUAGCUGAGAGUAUUCAAGGCCAUCCGAAUGUGUUUUUUGAAGGUGAACAAACUCCUGGGGGUCCAGCUUCACAAGCUGAAACGAAGACCGAAGGAGGAGGAGGAGGAGAAGAGGGAGGUCGCAGAGCCAGCGUGACCAGUGUAGAAAGUGAAAUGUCGAUUUGCUCCAUAGGCCAACUGAGCAACACCAUUGCUAACAUUUCCAGUAGCUGGUGGGGCUCCAAGAGGCUGGACUAUGCUCUGUACUGCCCUGAUGUGCUGACUGCCUUCCCAACAGUGGCUCUGCCUCACCUUUUUCAUGCCUCCUACUGGGAAUCCACUGAUGUAGCAGCUUUUGUUCUCCGGCAGCUCAUGCGAUGUGACUGUGUGAAGACCCAGGAAACGGACAAUUUGGACUCGGCUCCGUUCUCUCCCUCCAGCCCACGAGAAAAAUGGCUCAGAAGGAGGACACAUGUCAAACUAAGGAACGUAACUGGCAACCACAGGGUGAAUGAUGUCAUUGCCACCGAGGAUGGACCGCAGACUCUGGUUGGUCGCUUCAUGUAUGGCCCCUUGGACAUGGUGACCCUAACUGGAGAAAAGGUGGACAUCCUGCUGAUGACACAACCCCAGUCUGGCCGCUGGGUGCACUUUGACACAGAGGUGACCAACAGCAGCGGCAGAGUCACAUAUACCAUACCCAAGAGCAAGAAGCUGGGCCUGGGAGUCUAUCCGAUUAAAAUGGUGGUCAAGGGGGAUCAAACAAGUGCUGAGGCCUACCUGACUGUGUUGCCGCGAGGCAUGGAGUGUGUGGUCUUCAGCAUCGACGGCUCUUUCGCUGCCAGUGUGUCAAUCAUGGGCAGUGACCCAAAGGUCCGCCCUGGAGCUGUUGAUGUCGUCAGGCACUGGCAGGACUUGGGAUAUCUGAUCAUCUACAUCACAGGCCGUCCUGAUAUGCAGAAGCAGCGUGUGGUAUCUUGGCUGUCACAGCACAAUUUUCCCCACGGGAUGAUCUUUUUUUCUGAAGGCCUGGUGCAUGAUCCGCUGCGACAAAAGACCAUCUUCCUCAGGAAUCUCAUACAGGAGUGUCACAUUAAGAUCAACUCUGCUUAUGGCUCCAUGAAGGACAUCUCUGUUUACAACAUGCUCGGCCUCAGCCCCUCACAGAUUUAUAUUGUUGGCAGACCUUCGAAGAAGUACCAAAGCCAGUGCCAGUUCCUGAGCGAGGGAUACGCAGCGCACCUCUCAACCCUUCAAUUUGGGCACAGAGCCAGACCCAAGAAAUCCCCUUCAGUUCGUAUGGUCUUAAGGAAAGGCUCAUUUGGUCUCUCAGCGAAGCCUGACUUCCUGUGUAAGCGCACCCACCUGCGCAGGACCAUGUCUGUCCAACAACCUGACCCGCCAUGCACUCCAAACCCCAAGCCUGAGCGAGCCCAGAGUCAGCCGGAGUCAGAUAAAGACCACGGGGGAGGAGGAGGUGGAGGAGGAGGUGGACAAGGCGUGUGGGGACGGGCCUCCAUACAUCGUGGAGACACCACUCCCUGACGUCAAAAAAGUGAUGGAAAGAUUGCAGGAGGACAGAAGAGAACAAAGGGGUCUUAGUAUCCAAGGCCAAGUGUCACCUCUAUCUACUGUACAUGCACAUCGGAUCCUCAGCUGAUGUCCCUCACAGCUCACCUUUAUCUCCUGCUUGGCCCUCUACACUUUACCUGUUCAGCCCUUUUUCACGACCUGCCCAGCGGAUAAUGCCCCUUAGUCUUUGUGCCUGAAAUUUUAAGCCGGGGGAUGCCAAUGAUUUUUGCAAAUGUCUGUGUCAAGCUCAUAUUGUGUCUAUUGUAAAAUCAGAAGAAUGUACUUCACAUAGUAAAUACACACAUAUUCAUGCACACACACACACAUACACACAUGCUUCAAAGGAUAAAAAUGUAGCGACAGUGUAGUGACCUGUUGAGACUUUAUCCCAGCCCGAGCAACAGAUUUCCAGAUGCUGCACCACACACACUCUGGUCCUGUACAGACGGCUGUGCUGACAGGUGGUCAUGUUGACUGACUCCUGUGAUAAACCUCCAACGUUGUAAAUACCCUACACACAUCAUCAUCCCAGUGUGGGCCUCUGGAAACAGAAGCACUGUGACAUUUAGGUUCAAUCUAUACACGAGCUCUGCAAUCUGGAGCCCGAUCAGCCGACCUGGCCCAACACCGGUUUCUGCCCCUCCAUUUCACUCCCACUGUUAGAUGUCUCCCUCACAUUGUGGCUGGCUUGCUACGCCUCCCUCUGCCUCUCCUCAGCCAGUCAGGCAGAACACGCCUCACGACAGCCACCUCAGACUGGGUCCACAACUACUGUUGCGCCGUGGUGUGCACGGCUCAACCCCUGAGGUCACAUUUGCACUAUCGAGGUACAUUGCAGUGGCUCUCGAUUCAGUUGCAUUUGUGUUUUGUUGUAUUUGUAGAUUUUGUUUUUUUCCUGCAGAUUGUGUGCUGUUGCUGCCUGUUGGGUACUGUGACUACUGGAGGAUUAAAAACAAAUAGUUUGUAGGACAGUGUUGAUACAACUGAAAUAAAUGUUUACAGAUUGAUAGACACAGUUGUAAAAUGUAAUCAGAACUUGUUUAUCUACAUAAUUGAAAUGACAGUUUCAUUAAUAUUGGAAUGGUAGCUUAGUUGCUUGGUAGUUGCAGUGGCUUGCAGGAUAUUGUACAUUGGACCCUAUGCCAGUUGAAAUUCCACUAGGGUGCCCUUGCAUCCAUUUAUUACAGCUGCACUGGAACCAAUAGAUUUGUGAUGAAAUCUGAUGCCGUCUUGUGCACUUGAGGUUGAAUUGAGUCUUACUGUGGCCAUGUUAAAACUCUGUGCAAGUCAAACAUAUUUUUCUAUGAGGAAAUAUUGUAAAUAGAAAUAUUUUCAAUGUAUGUUUUUGAACCUUUUGUUGUUUGACUUGUUGAACGGUUAAUUUUUGCCUUAAAUCGUAUUUGAUGUUGUGUAGAGAUACAAAAUUAUUUUAUUUGUUUGACCAAAGCAUAUGAGUUUUACUGUUCUUCACAACAAAGUGCAUUUUAUAGUUGAUAUUUUGCUUUGACAUGUUUUAGAUACUGUAUGUGUGUGUGUGUGUGUGUGUGUGUGUGUGUGUGUGCGUGCGUGUGCGUGUGAGUGUCUUGGUGUUUGUUGUGGAGUUGUAUUUCCUGUGAACAUGAAGACAGCAGAGGACACAGCGAGGCUGAUGUUAAUAUACCUGCGUGUUCUCACUGCAGCUCAACUACUGCCGGCUUUUCAAACUGAACAUGUGUUUUUAUAGGUUUGGAUUGAAGUAAUGUGUCGAAGGAUUACUUAGUCAAAGUUUUUAUAACUGCUAUGAAAGAAAAGGGGCUUAUGAGUUCUUAGGGUGUAUUGAUUUAACUGAAAACCUGCAUAGAGGAGUGGAGCAUGCAAGCCAGGAGGGAGCUAUCUUUAACUCUUUUUCUUUCCCCUCCUGUACACCAUAGGUGUUCCAGUAAUUAGCUAUUUGAUUACUACCAAGUAUGUAUGACUCCCUGUAGUGCCGCCCCUGUAAUUGCAGUGCACCAAUUAGCAUUCCUUGGUAAUUGUAUACUAUUGUAAAAACAAUAUUAAAAUACUUAACUUGAUUUUUGUUCUGCAUUUAGAUUGUUAAUACUGAAACAUUGUUAUCCAAGCAACAAGAUGAUCAUUCCCAUCAGUGUAAACACAAUAAUCAAAGUGACUCCAUCAGUCUGUAUAACGCGUAGUGAUAUUUUUCUGCCAUGAUGAUGCACUGGAAGAGUGAACUAUUUAAGCUGGGCAGUAUUUCAUUACCACAGUGUUAGUAAAUGGCAAAUAAUAAUGAUCUAAUGGUUAAAUGGUGAUUGUUCUGGGCAUGUUAAUUAUUUGAUAUUGUCAAGUUAUGACUAUCAGUUGUUUGUGGUACACUUAACCAACAGUAGAAUAGUUAUUUGUUAGUAAGUGGUGAAUAUUAAUAUGUGGACAUGAAGUCGACCACAACAUGUUGAGUAAAAUCUGAUUCAGUUCUCAAAGUUUAUGCUAAAAAUACUCUUACUUUUACUUCCUUUACUGGGAUUAAUGGAAACUGACAAAGCAUAUAAAUACAUAUCAGUUUCAUUUUAGUCUGAGAACACCAUGAUAUAUUGUUUAAUGUAUAAAUCUACUGUAUUUACUGAGAGAUUGAAGUGUUAUGCAAUUGUUGUCUUCAAAUAAAUAUGAUUAACCAGUCAAUAAAUACAAAUUAAUGUUGCCAAAUGAUUAGUAUCCAAGCACCAAAUCAUGAUUUAACUAUUGGGUAUGAUCUAAUUUGCCAUUUAUUAACACUUCUUAUGACUUAUAAUGUAAGCUUUAUAACAUGGUGUGACCGUUUAUUUGUUUUUUAAAAUUGUUUAUUUGUUUUUAUUUUUGUGGUCUUAUGAGUAUUUUUUCAAUUGCCUUUUGACCAAUGAGGAAACAACACCUGCUUUCCCUGCAAAGAUAAUUGUUUUGUACAGAACUCCUGUGUUGAUGAACAUGUUAUUGUGUUUAUUGGACUCAGUCCGUCUUUCAUUGCAUAAAUAAAGAUAUUUCACAGUUGAA